AUGCACGCGACGAGCAGAACAGGGAGCGUCGGAAUCCGCGAGAGCCGCCAGGACAGGAGAACGUGCGGCCUCGGCCGGACGUACGUGGUUGGCGCCUCCUCCCGGCACGGGGUAGGGAGCCGCCUUCAAACGCGGCCCAUUCGCCACCUCGUCCCGCCCGCCGGGUUUGGAAUCGUGGCGUGCGCUCCCGGGAAUCGUCGACGUCGCGCGCCGAUUGGGGACGGGAGCAGCAGCCGCGCCGACGGCGGCGAGAAGGUCGCCGUCUCCCCCUCCUCCUCCUCCGGUGCCACUCCCGACGCCUCGACAGAUCAGCAGAGCGACGGCGCCACCGCCCCGGCCGCGGUCGUGGAGGAGCGCGGGCGCGGGGACGACGCGGCGGAGCGCGGGUGCGGCGGCUCGCCGGUGACGCCCGCGGGCACCCCCGGCGCGCCGGCGGACGUGCCGCGCGGGUGCUGCGCGGUGUACGUGGGCGCGGAGCGGCGGCGGUUCGUGGUGCCGACGGCGUACCUGGGCGCGCCGGCGUUCCGGCGGCUGCUGGAGAAGGCGGAGGAGGAGUUCGGGUUCCACUACCACGGCGGCGCGCUCACCAUCCCCUGCGACACCGAGGCGUUGAAGCACAUCCUCGUCACGGACCGCCAGGUCCUCGCCCCCGACGCCGACGGCACGGCACGUACGCCGUCAACCCGGUGGGUGCGGAGCGCGCGGCCCAACGCUCCACCUCGCUGGCCCGGCCUGCUCGCGCGGAACGCCGUGAGCUGCGUGCUGGGCCGUGAAAUGCUGCAGCCUGACGUCGGCCUACAGGCCUGGUUCCGCCACGGCCCAUGAACUUAGUUUUCUUUUUUAGCUUUGUCUUUCUAUGUUUGCAGGGGGGAACGCCUGGGAAGGAGGACGGAGAUUGCAAGUGUAAGCAAGCGAGUGCUGCUUCAGCUCGUUAUGGUGCCAUGACCGAUGAGUAGGCAGCUCGCUCGGAGCAGUCGUCGAGAGCUGUAACAUAACAUGGGCGGCGGGACGCGACGCGGCAUCCGACGCCACGCCACGCCCAGGCGCGACGCUCUCGAACGUUCCCUCCAUCUCUGCCCCUCACUUUUACUAUACUACUGGUAGCUGGUACUAGUGCUCGAUCACCAUUCGCCAGCGUCCACGCGUUGAGUUUGAGCCGGAGCGGCAGGUUGAUCGUGGAUCCUUUUCUACCCGCCGCGGCCCCCGGUACGCUUCGCGGGCCCGCCGGAUGGCCGUGGCAGCCGCCGUGCCCCGUGCCUGCGUGGCCACGGCCGCGCCUAGGCGCCUAUCCAGCCGGCGGGUGACAGGUGGGCGUGGCCACGUAGGGCACCGUGGUCUCGAGACGUCAGCGUCAUCUGGGCGGGCCCACCCGCGGCCGGGGGCCGGGCGUACGUGGCGCGCCGGCUAACCACCGGCGACGACAGCAACGCCGGCGUCCGUCGCGCGGGUAGGCCAGGCCCGCCGUCGCGCGGCGCGAGUAGGGCAGCGCCAGCCAGGGCCCCCAGGGCCGCCCACCAACCCUGCGUCUCGUUCUUUGCCGAAAGAGAAUCGAGGAAGUGAGCAAAAGGGAAUUUCGUCAGUUCGGAAAAGGAGGCUUUGGGCGCACGUAUCUCGCUUGAUCGGCAAUAGAGCCGUCGAUUCCCCGGUGGCCUGUUCCGUUCCGUUCCGUCCUACUCUUGCGUGGGUCAUUUCGAUGGGCCGCGCAGCCAAUCCGGAGUCCGAGGAAUCCCGUUCCGUGCUGGUAGUGCACGACGCUUCAACCGGGCGCUGCACGGGGUCACGCGGCGCUGCUGUUUCUUUUGUUUCUCGAGAUCACCACCGAGCCGAGCGUUCCCUUUUCCCGGAUGAAAGCGCGUCGCUUUCUCUCGGAUCACGCGCCUGGUGGUGAUGCAACCGCGUCCCAGGCGCUCGAUCGGAUGCUGCCGGCGAUCACGAUCCGAGGGACGCUAGCUUAUCUGCAGCCUGCGUUCUUAGACUUUGAACACCCCCCCUCGCUUUUCGCGAGCCGCGGGAAAGUGAGGUCACAAGAAUAACUGGGCGCGCCCCAUUUAUGUGACGAUGUGCUCGUGCGCGCGCGCCCGGUCCGUCCACGGCGCGUCGGCUUGGUUUAAUUUCCGGCCGCGUCCAGCGCACGCCCCUCUCGGUCUCGGGGGGAAUGGACGGCCGCGGUUGCCUCUGCCCGAGGGAGGUGAGGCCUCGACCGCUCGACGCCGCCGUCGCCGUCGGCCGGGGUGGCGCCGCGGGGGUGCCCUCGUGCCACGGUCUCUGCAGUCUGCACACACGCAUGCGCGCGCGCGGUGCGCAAGCCUAUCCACGCGCUAUACACGGCCGGGGCUCGCGAGUCGCGGCGGCUACUGUUGGGUCUUCUGGUAGCUAUAUGUGCUACUGUUGUAACUUGGUCAAUGGUCACUAUAUAUGCUGCUCCGUCCGGUAUAAAAUAACUGCUGUUUUAGCUUUAUCUUCAAAACAAUUGUUGAACUACAACUUCUGAACAACUUUUCUGUGCCUCUUCUGGUUGUAAUCCCCAAUAAUCAUAUCAUUAACUUCUUUUACAAGCGGAAAGUUGUCCCUUCUACUCACUACGGUAGAGAGCGGCAACUAGGAGAGGCGAUCCGCGUCCGGGGAAGGAUUCGCCGCUUUCCAGCGUCUGGAGUCCGACCUCCGCUUCGGGUGGAUGAUGGUGGAAGGUUGCGGCUUCUGUGCGUGCUACGACGACCAGUUGGGGAUCGAUGGCUUGAUCCGCGGAGGAAGAUCAACAGUAGCUUUAGGGACUUGCUUGUAAUUUUCUUUUUACUUUGGUUCCUUUCUGCAAAGAAGGGUGCAAUGUUUCAUCUUGUGUGGUGGACACAAACACUAGCUAGCUACCUCAUCAUCGAUGAGUGAAGGCAUAAACAAUGCCGGAACAUGAACCACGUUGGGAGAAAGAAUAAAAGCUUGAAACAUUCAAGGUGCUCC